AUGGUUGUCGUCAUCUUGGAUGACGGGUCACAUGAGAGCCCCACCAUCUUGGAACUGGGCAAGGGGUAUAAGUGGCUGUCGAACCCCAGACUGACUCAGUACCAGGGCAUUCUCCAAGGAAACCCGAGGGUGCAUGUUAAGACCAUAAAACAAGUCAAUCCAGCCACCUACCUACCAGCAGAACUUGGAGAGCUGGACCAUGACUGUCUUGAAGUAACUGAAGAGGUCCACGCCAGCUGGCCAGACCUCCAGGACCAGCCCCUGUACCAGCCCCUGUACCAACCUGAUGUCACCCACUACAUGGAUGAAAGCAGCUAUAUGGUAAAGGGCAGGAGAGUCACCGGCUUGGCCGACCAAAAACAAACAAACAAACAAACAGCCACAACAACAAAUAGCAAAAUUUUUAUCCACUUGGGAAUCCACUUGGGAGCACCCCUUAGAGAUGAUUUAACUGUAACAGAGCUCACUAAUGAAGAUGUUCCAGACCAGCUUGCGAAGUAUGGGGUGAAUCCUGGCCCUAUUGUGGGAACAACCAGGAAGCUAUAUAAGCAAAAGCUGUUGAAACUGAGGGAACAAGGAACAGAAUCAAGACCUUCUACUCCUUUGCCAACAAUUUCUUCUUUGGCAGAAAAUACAAAACAGAAUGGAAGUAAUGACUUUGACAGGUACAGUGACGAGGAAGACCCUAAAAUAGAGGUCAAGCUUGAGAAGAGAGAACCACUAAAGGGCAGAGCAAAGACUCCAACACUCAAGCAAAGAAGAGCUGGACCCAAUCAGAGCUAUUCCCAAACUGGGAUAACUGAGAUUGAGUGGACAAGUGGAUCUUCAAAAGACAGACCUCUGUAGGCAUUAACUAGGGAAGCCACAAAAGGGCUGAGAAGAACUCUGAGGAAAAGGGUGGAUACUUCAGAAUAUUUUUGUAUAGAUGGUACAAUAAUUUCAGAGAGUACUCCUAUACCUGAAACUAUAAUGGCUUUAAGCAACGAAAUCUUAGUUGUCAACAGGGUGACUGGAAAUUUCAAGCAUGCAGCUCCCAUUCUACCAAUCACUGAAUUCUCAGACAUACCCAGAAGAACACCAAAGAAACCACUGACAAGAGCUGAAGUGGGGGAAAAAAAAGAGGAAAGAAUAGAAAGGGAUAUUCUUAAGGAAAUGUCUCCCUUCGAGGCAUCUACACCAAUAGGAAUUAAUGCUAGUUGCCACAGAACAACCAAGGGGGCUGCAGACCAACUCAGUGAUUUCAGGAUGGAGGAAUCUUUUUCAUCUAAAUAUAUUCCUAUGGAUGUUCCCUUGGCAGAUGUCAAGUCAGAACAUUUAAUCUUGUUGAAGAUAUCAAUACUAGCCAAUGUGAUCUACAGAUUCAAUGCAAUAAUCUCAAUAACAACUUUUGAAAAAAUAGAAAAACCCACCCUAAAGUUCAAAUGAAAUCUCAAAUAUCCCAGAAUAGCCAAAACAAUCUUGAAAAAGAAAAAAG